AUGCAUUUGAAUGUUCUGAGCUUAUGGAAUUUGACUUAUCAAAUAAAAAAUGUAACAUCAUCGGGACAUGAUGGUUAUACAGCCAAGCCUAACGACACUGAUGAAGCUCUACCUUUAAAUCCAAGUGAAUGGAUAGUUAUUGGAUUCAGCUUAGCUGUAGUAAUUAUCAGCGUGGUUUGCAAUGUAAUAGUGAUUGCUACUAUAUUAUGUAACCGUUUUUUACGCACAACAACCAAUUAUUUCAUGAUCAGUCAAAGUAUUGCCGAUCUUUUGUUUGCCUUAAUAGUGAUUUUAGGCAUGGUGAUACAAGCAUUGCUUGGCUAUUGGCCAUUUGCGCCAUUUUGGUGCGCCAUUUAUAAUGCAUGUGGUAUUGGUUUAGUCAUGGUUUCCAUUUUAAACUUCUGUGCAAUUAGUAUUGAUCGCUAUAUUGCAAUUUGUUAUCCAUUUCUUCAGCACAGGCUUAACUUUACUUUAUUAUUUAUACUUGCCAGUGCUUAUAUCUGGAUGCAACCGAUUAUCCUAUCACUAUUACCUAUGGUAAUAUGGCAUGAUUAUACUCAAGUGGAUAUCAAUGUGUGCGGUCAUGUUAUUACCCAUACACGAGAGAAAAUCUAUUUUCUGAUCUUAGUUAUUGCCAAUAUCUUUCUACCAGCAUUGCUGCUAUCAGUUCUUUAUUCUAUAGUAUUUAAAACGGCUUGUGGCCAUAUACAAAAAAUUAAACAACAAAAUAGCCUUCACCGUCAAUUAAGUCGAGCUGCUGAUAUUAAAAGACCGAUUACAUCAAAAGAUUUUAAAUUACUUCUUAUUUUCGUAUUCAUUAUUGGUACAUUUUAUCUUACUUGGACUCCAUUUUUCGUUGUCCUCAUUAUAAACUAUUUUGAUGACGAUCCCUACCAUCCUAGUAGGGAAGGUUUCAGAUUUUUUAGUUCCAUAGCUAUUCUAAUUAGUUUCACUCAUUGCGCUAUUAAUCCGAUCGCUUAUAAUUUUAUGAACUCCGAAAUGAGGCGAGGUUUAUGGAAUUUACUAGGAAUUAGUAGGAGACGGCGUCGUGCAUCGUUGCGUUUAAGUUUGCAAGCAACUUAUACUAAGACAUCGAGGGCAUCUAGAUAUUCAAAACGUAGCAACGGUGGUCCGCGUACUAGUAGCAAUGGUAAUGGCCAGCAAUUAGUUGCUAAAAAUCAAGAUAAUAAAUUGACUCCAAAGGCUGGUUUAGAAGAUAGACUAUAUCCACUUUUAUCGCCAUUACAAUCUUAUCCUCCAAAUAAAGAACCUGCAAUGGCUUUAACUACAGUAUGA